AUGAUCAGUUUCUGGUUUUCACAUCUGCAGAAAUCACGAGGACCUGACAUGGGCCUCAGUUCACCAGGUUCAAAUGUCCCACGUGGUUUACUUCAUGCACCAAUAACAAUCCAUGUUGAGGCGUUUUCAGAAAGUUGUUUUUAUCUUCAAAGUUCAUAUCAGAUCUGCGCAGCUGCAGACUCUGACAAACGGGCUUCUAUCAGACGAAGGUUGGGGUCUUUUCUCCAGGAAGUUUUAGGUGGGGGGGGGGGGGGUCAGUCUCCAGGUUUGUCUGAACACCAGUCCUCUAUCAGAGCAGUCUUAUAAGCCCCGCCCACAGAACGAAAGUGAAAGUAAGAAGUUGUUUACUGUGAAACUUGAUCCGCUCAGAAUUUCUCACUGCGUCAGUUUAGCUGCUUUGGUGCAGAGAGAGAGAGAGAGAGAGAGUGCAGGUGAGUCUGAGCUGGAAACUUUUUAUAUUGGCGCAGAGAGGUGUCUAAACCGUGCGUUUGUGUGCAGUUUGUGUGCAGUUUGUGUAUUUGUGUACAGUUUGUGUAUUUGUGUGCAGUUGUGCAGAUAUUCAGACCCUGUCGUGUUCAGGAGGAAAGAACAACAAAACAAAUCUUGUCGGUCUGAUAUAAUUUUCUCCACAUCUUCAUGUUAAAUUUUCGGGUUCUGGUCGAUCGUCUGUUUACAUGUUCAGUGUUCCGAUUAUUAACAGGCGAGUGUUGAUUUUAGUCAUCUGUCACUGAGUAAGCUUCUCUGUGCCAAAAGACGGUUUGACUUGUUCGAUAAUAACCCCUGAGGGAGGAUAACUGGGGGAGCAGCGCCAUCUGGUGGCAGAAUUUAAACUCGAGUAAAGACAUGAAAUAAAAAAAAACGGACUGAAGGCAGAGGAGCUGAAGAAAACAGAGUUUAUAAAAAUGAGUUGACAUGUUAAAGUUCCUCAAAAAUAUGAAAACGUUUGAUUUUCUAAGAACACAUAUUAGAUUUCUUUAUUUGGAGAUAAUUAUUUAUUCAUAUUUUUUCAUAUUUUCUUAAAUAUUGUGAGUCUGACUUUAAACUCUGAACGCAAACUUUAAUAUUUCACUCACUAACCUCAGAGAUCUGACUUUACUCUCUCCAUAAUUUCACUCUGAGAACAGAUUUCUGUUUUUCAACCUGCAGCUCUGACUCUUUUUAAAUAAAUCAUUUAAUCCAUGAGAUAAAAACAGGCUUAGGGAGGCCAACUAAGGUCAAAUGUACAAGAUGAUGUAUAGUGAGCAGGUUGUUUGAGCAGGUUAUAACCUGAAAUAGUUGAGAAGAGUUGGCAGGUGAUGGCGGUGUUUUUUUUAUGGUCUUCAAGCUGCCGAUGACCUUCAAGUUUCUGAGCAGCGACCCUCUGUUUUCAGAUAAAUAAGAACCUAAAGAAGUGUCCCUGCUUAAGCUCCUCUCUCACCUUUUGUUUUCUGUCUCUGCAGGUCGAUUGUAUUUUCAAACCUGGAGUAUGUCAAGUUUUUCUGCUGACUUCUAUAAAGUAAGUGCAAACUUUCUCUGCAGUAACUCUCGGGUCAGGUUAAGGACAUGUGCAGCCUCUCUGAUCAGAUAUGAUCAGAUUAACGUGUUUUUGAAACAUGAUGAAGUCUCGGUAAAAGACCUGAUCCGAUUAAAUAUGUUUUGUUUUUUUUCAGAGGAGACUUAAAGUCAAACCCAGGGAACCCGACAAGUCUGAACAACAACAGGUACGUGAGUUCAUCUGGUUCAGUAAAAGAAAUUAAAGCUGCACAAUCAUAAAAACAUUAUUUUAUGUUGAAACUCUUCAGGAGCAUCUUUGCUGUGAGUCCAAACCACUGUCCUCUGCUGCUCUGCAGACGUGAAGCAACAAAAUCCAACAAAUGUAAGUCCAGAAAUCACUCCGUCUUCCAGCUGUCUGCACAGCGAUGAAGUCUGGUGUUUUAAAGUUGGUUUACUCUGAGUCGAGAAGAUUCCUAUUUAUUAUGAAGGGAAAUACAAACACAAAGAAGACGAAACCAAAACAUGGAGAAACUUUUCAGUUGAAUGAGCUGAGGUUGGAGUCGGUAAGAUGAGCAGCACCGCCUGUGUUCUGAUGUUUACUGUCGAAUCCUUCACCUUCAUUAUAGAAGCAACAAAAGCCUGAAAAUGAGUGAAGGUGGAUCCUCAAGAGUCAGUGCUGCUUCUGUGGCAAGCCGACACUCCAAAGACUACCCUCCAGAGUUCGGCCUGACACCUCCUGACAGCAGGUAAAAUAAUAAUCUGUCCUCUCAGAUUAGACCCAAAGGUUGUUCUUGAACGUGGACCACAGCAUGUUUUCUUCUGCUCUUUAAUAAAACGACUUUGUUCAACAGAGGGAGUAAAUCUGAGGGCAGAUCAGCGCUCAGCCUCAUGUCUGAUCACUCCAAAGACUACCCUCCGGAGUUCGGCCUGACACCUCCUGAUAAAAGGUAAACCGUCUGCAGCUUUGCUUAAUGAACCCCCACAGAACAGCAAACUGUCAUCAGCGUACAAGGAAAGACAGGGAUCAGUCCAACGGAUUUUUUACUGUUUUUCAACACUUUAAAGCAUUAGUCAGUGACUCUGUGUAAACUAAAACAAACCCAAGAGGUUUGGAUGUUGUAGAGUCAAAAUAAUGAAGAAUUCAAGGAUCUGUUUGAAGAUGUUAGGAGUUUUGAAGAAUUUCUGAAAGACGAGUCAAGGACCAGAGUUGGAAACUGAGAGGAGACGGUGGGAAUGACAUGCAGCACAGGGUGGGAUUUAGGACCUCUUCUUUGAGGACUUGACAGACUACAUGAUGUAUGUGUACUACAAGAUUCUCCGAUCAGAGCCAUAAACUCACGACUUAACGCAGACUUGACGAAUCGCCACGACCAAAGAGAAGAGGGGAAAAGCUAACAGGGGUUAUCCACAGGGUUGCUGAGGUGCGUCAGCUUUUCCUCGGCAACAUCUCUCAGUCCAUCGUGGUCGUUAACACAUUAUUAAGGCAGAAAUGUUGCUGUCAGAACCGGACUAACUUACCCUCGGUCUUCGGGUCCCAUCCCGCAGCAACAACAUCACCGUUCCUCUUUUACGUCAUCUGAAUUUGAUUUUAGUCAUUUUUUUAUUUUAUUUUAGUGAUUGGACUACCUCCAGGUUUCAGCAGAAUCCAGACAUGAUGAAGGUAAGCAGUUAUAAAAGUGAUAAGAGUAAAACUCAUUCCUAGUUUGAACACUAUUUUUGAUCAAACAAAGGGGUUUAGAUUUAGGUUAUUGGCAAACCGUCAGAUUUUGUCCUCACGGUUUUGAAAAAGGAGAUGUCUGAGAGACUUUUGACGAAACAUUUUGUGGUCUUUGUCAGGUGUUCGAGAACAAAGUCAUGGAUUGUGUAAAGAAAGCUUUGGAGUCACCAAAGAAGAUCCCGUCUGAGGAACAGAAAGAAGAGGACGUGGUUGAUGAUGAACAGCCUGAUACCGAUGCUGAAACUAAGGAAGCUGCUUUAAAGAUCGCCUUGCACAUCCUGAGGAGCAUGAAGGAGGAUAAACAAGCCGACAUGCUCGAGCAAAGUAAAUCCUUUAAUGGAAACUAGCGCUCAUCGCCAUAAAACAGCAACAAAAAAAUACGUUCUGAACUUCAGUGAUUUAUAACUACUGGAAUAAGCACAUGACUAACACGCGUUUCUUGAUUUUUCUCACUUCCUCUUAGGUCAUUACGGGGUCACUGCAACCUACCAAAAGAUUCAAAAAUCUUUCCUGAAGUCGAAAAGUCAGAUCUUGUUCGUAGACACUCAGACGGCGCCUCUUCCUCUGGAGAAGAUUUACACAGAGCUGUACCUGAUAGAAGGGGACACUGCAGAGGUCAACCGUGAGCAUGAAGUCAGACAAAUAGAGGCAGCGUUCAAUAAGCCAAAAUCUUCAAAGACUAUGAUCAAGUUAGAGGACGUCCUUAGGCCCUUACCAAACCAACAGGCCAAACCAAUCAGGACAGUGCUCACCAAGGGGAUCGCAGGCAUCGGCAAAACCGUGUUGACCCAAAAGUUCAUACUGGGCUGGUCAGAGGGGAAGGCCAAUCAAGACAUCCAGCUCCUGUUUUUACUUCCCUUCAGGGAGCUGAAUUUGCUGAAAAAUGAAACAAGAAGUUUGAUGGAGCUCCUGUGUGACUUUUCUCCAGGCCUGAAAGACUCUGGAAUCACAGACCUGAACAAGCACAAAGUCCUUGUUGUACUGGAUGGUCUUGAUGAGUGCAGACUGGCUCUGGAUUUUGAGGGGACUAAGGACCAUGAUCCCUCCCAGCCAGUUUUGGUCAGCGUGCUGCUGACAAACCUUAUUGCAGGUAAGCUGCUGCCAAACGCUUCUUUGUGGAUAACCACCCGACCUGCUGCAGCCAGUUCCAUUCCUGGACGGUAUGUUGACCGUCUGACCGAGAUACAAGGUUUCAACAACAAACAAAAGGAGGAGUACUUCCUCAAGAAAAUUGAAGAUGAAAAUUUAGCCAUGAGAGUGAUCUCAAACAUCAAGUCCACCAGAAGUCUCUACAUCAUGUGCCACGUGCCCGUGUUCUGCUGGAUUUCCUCAAUUGUUCUGGGGGAAAUUUGUGCAGAAGUCGGAGGAGGAAAAAUGCCAAAGACUUUGACUCAGAUGUACAUCCUCUUUGUAGUACAUCAAACUGCUCAGAGAAAUGUGAAAUACGCCACAGAGGAACAGCUGGACUCUCAAAGGAACUAUAAGUUGAUAAUGUCACUUGGAAAGUUAGCCUUUGAGCAGCUGAAAAAAGGCAACCUGAUCUUCUACGAGGAAGAUCUGAGAGACUGUGGUAUUGAUGUUGAAGAGGCAUCCAUCUACUCAGGAGUGUGCACCCAGAUCUUCAGGGAAGAGUCCUGCAUGCAGAAAAAAGUCUUCUGCUUUGUGCAUCUGUCCGUCCAAGAGUUCCUCGCAGCUCUGUAUGUCCAUGUCAAGAACACGACCAGUGGAGAAAACCCUCUGAACCAAGAACGGACCAACAAGCCUAUAUCUGAUCUGCACAUCACUGCAGUGGACGAAGCCUUACAAAAUGACAUAGGCCAACUGGAUCUCUUCCUUCGGUUCCUCCUGGGACUCUCCCUGAAGUCCAACCAGCAUCUUCUCCGAGGACUGAACAUCCAAGUCGGAGCUUUGGACUCUCAGAGUCAUAUGGAAAGCAUCGAGUACAUCAAGGAGAGAAUAAAUCUGUCAGAACCAGAGAGGUACAUCAAUCUCCUGCAUUGUCUGAAUGAGUUAGGGGACCACACUCUGGUGGAGGAGAUCCAGGACCAGUUAGACUCACACAAAGACAUGGUGACAGACAAGUGGUCUGAUGCUCAUUGGGCAGCUCUGGUCUUCCUGUUACUGACCUCACCAAAGAGGCCAGAAGACAUCCAGGCCUCUGGAGGCUCCUUCCAGCCAUCAAAGAAUCCAGAUCAGCAAUGCAAGUCUCUUUGA